AUGCCUCUAGAAGAUUUCAACGGCUUUGACUUUGGCACUUUCGCGACUCCCAGUGCCGCCAGCUUUACGGACAAUCUGGGUAGCCUGCAGCCACUGCAGCCCAACCAACCGGCUUACCAGGCCGCUGCUCAGCAUGGCCCCUACGCCGUUCCGUCCCAGGCUGGGACGAAGCGCCCCUCAGAUGCCGGUCACAGCCGACAGAUGAGCUUCGAGGACCAGUCCCGCCUAGCAGCUGAGGAGGAUAAGCGGAGGCGAAACACCGCUGCGAGCGCUCGGUUCCGGGUCAAGAAGAAGGCUCGUGAGCAGGCCCUCGAGAGACGGGAGAAGGAGCUCAACGACGAAGUCUCCCAGCUGAAGAACCGUAUCACCCACCUGGAGACCGAGAACAAGUGGUUGCGGGGACUCGUCAUGGAGAAGACGGGCACCAAGGAGUCCAAGUUCGACCCCAAGCUAGCUGCCGCAUUGAAGGUUCUGGGCAAGGAGUCGGAUUCUGAAGACGACAAGGCAAAGUCGGAAGACUCGGACACGAUUGAAGUGAAAUGA